ACUUCCGGUAAAGCCGGAAACAACUUGUUCAGUAAACACACGUGCGUUCGCAGAAAACACAGAAUAAAAGCUACAGCAUGGAUUUCGUUGAGGUUUCAGUGUCUGAAGAUUUACCCCGCACUAAAAGUAAAGCUAAAAAACAAAAGAAGCAAAAGGAAAGUCGUGAAAAAUCGGCUGAUAAUGUCACCGAGUCUGAAUCUACAGAUCCUUCAGGCUGCUCGCUGCCUCCUGCUUUCAGCUUGAAGGAAAUAAAAAAUAAACAGCGGAGACACCUCAUGUUUAUGAAGCUCAAGCAAGAGAAAAGAAAGCAAAAAUUGCAGCUGAGAAAGAAAAGAAAAAAGGAGCGAGAAGCCCUUGGCGAUAAGGCACCGCCAAAAGAAGUCCCAAAGACUAUUGAAAAUCAGAGAAUAUACGACGAGACAACAGUAGACCCAGAGGAUGAUGAGGUGGCAUUUGAUGAGGGGACAGAUGAGUUCUCCGCAUACUUUAACAAACUGAUAAACCCCAAAGUUCUCAUCACCACGUCAGACAGACCAAGAGGGAGAACUGUACGGUUUUGUGAGCAGCUAGCGACAGCCAUACCAAAUGCACAUGUAUACUACAGAAGAGGUCUUGCUCUGAAGAGGAUCAUUCCUCAGUGCGUAUCGCGAGACUUCACCUACCUCAUGGUCAUCAAUGAGGACCGAAAAGUGCCAAAUGGUAUGGUUCUUUGUCACCUUCCUGAUGGACCAACUGCACAUUUUAAAGUCAGCAGUGUUCGACUCCGAAAAGAGAUGAAGAGAAGAGGAAAGGACCCAACAGAACACCACCCAGAGGUCAUUCUGAAUAACUUCACCACUAGACUGGGCCAUAGCAUUGGCCGUUUGUUUGCUGCGCUAUUUCCUCAGGAUCCGCAGUUUGUUGGUCGACAGGUUGCCACUUUCCACAACCAGCGAGACUUCAUCUUCUUCAGGUUUCACAGGUACAUCUUCAAAAAUGAGAAGAAAGUGGGUAUUCAGGAGCUAGGACCCCGGUUCACUCUAAAGCUGCGCUCUCUGCAGAAAGGGACAUUUGACUCCAAGUUUGGGGAGUAUGAAUGGGUUCACAAGCGGCAUGAAAUGGACACCAGCAGAAGAAAAUUCCAUCUCUGAGGACAAGGAGAAAUAGAUUGUCACCCUGAUGAGAUGUUAUUGCUAAUAUUUAACGUGUAACCAGUUGAAUUGUUAUUGUAAAAUGCAUCUAUAUCAGUUUAUGCAAUUCUAAAAAUCAAUCCAAAUGGAGAUUUGCUAACUGGACAGAUUUAAAAAAGGGGUCUCAGAUUUUAAUCGCAAAAUGUGUCUCAGAUAUGCAUCUGGUCACUGUGAUGUACACUUACUGUCUACUUUAUUAGGAACACUUUACUAAUUCAUUGUAAUGCUCUAAAGUAUCCUUUAGAAGAUGGUAAAAAGGUGGCCAUGAAGGAAUGUACAUGGUCAGUGGCAAUACUCACCUCCACCAGCCUGGGCUGUUGACACAAAGCAGGUUAAAUCAAAAUAUCCCAGAUCAGCAGUUCUCCAAUAACAUAACACUGUGUAAAUCACUGAAAGAAACCCCCCAUUCCACCCUCCCCCACCCCAACACACACAGUCAUAAAUGAUGAUGGCUGAUUCUGUACGUGCAUAAAUGCAUAGCUGUAAAUGUAUGUUCCCAAUAAAGUGUUUUAUCAUUUA